CGUAUUUAAAAAGAAAAAAGUCUUCCGUCCGUUACCGGGAGGAAGAGGCCGACCGUCCUGCACGAGGACAGGUGAAUCACCAUGACAACAGAACCAGGUGAGCCGCAAGAGGCCCAGCCCAAAGAGGCAGAAUCUUUCCCUGAAGCUGCUGCCCAUUCCACACCUAAACUGGGAGGGGAAGGCGGUCCGUCCCAGAACCAAGCUCAAAGCUCACUGGGCGAGGACUCGACCAGUCACCUGUCGUCAAGCAGUCGGAUCGCUCGCUCUCCGGCCAGAAACCCGCUGAGCUUUAGGACCAUGCAGACUAAAGUGACCCUGCUGGACGGCUCGCUAUUCACCUGCACUGUGGAGAAACGAGCACGUGGUCUGCAGCUGUUUGAGAAGGUGUGUGAACAUGUCAACCUGCUGGAGAGAGACUACUUCGCUUUGUCCUUCAGAGAUGCCGACAACAACAAGAACUGGUUGGAUCCAGGGAAGGAGAUGAAGAAGCAGGUCAGAGGUGUUCCCUGGAACUUCUCCUUUAAUGUCAAGUUUUACCCUCCUGACCCUGCCCAGCUCUCUGAGGACAUCACCAGGUACUUCCUGUGUCUCCAGCUCAGACAGGAUAUAGUUUCUGGUCGACUUCCCUGUUCAUUUGCAACUCAUACCAUCCUUGGCUCUUACACUGUCCAGUCAGAGCUUGGAGACUAUGACCCUGAUGAGUGUGGUUCAGAUUACGUCAGUGAACUGUGUUUUGCUCCGAACCAAACAAAGGAAAUGGAGGAGAAGAUCAUGGAGCUGCACAAAACCUACAGAGGAGUGACACCAGCUGAAGCAGAGAUGCACUUCUUGGAAAAUGUAAAGAAACUUUCCAUGUAUGGUGUCGAUCUUCAUCAUGCAAAGAUGGUAGGAAGCCGCUUUGAUUGCUUGUCUUCAGCUCAGUCAGAGGACUCAGAGGGCGUGGCCAUCAUGCUGGGUGUGUGCAGUAGCGGUCUGCUGGUCUACAGAGACAGACUGAGGAUCAACAGAUUCUCGUGGCCAAAGAUCCUGAAGAUCUCAUAUAAGAGGAACAACUUCUACAUCAAGAUCCGACCUGGAGAGUUUGACCAGUUUGAGUCUACAAUUGGUUUUAAGCUGCUGAACCACAGAUCAGCGAAGAGACUGUGGAAAGUGUGUGUGGAGCAUCACUCUUUCUUCAGGCUGGUGUCUCCAGAGGAACCACCGAAGCGGUUCCUGUCUCUGGGUUCAAAGUUUCGGUACAGUGGUCGGACUCAGAUCCAAAGUCGCAGAGCUAGCGCUCAGAUCUCCAGACCUGCACCGCAUUUCCCACGAUGCAUCAGCAAGAGGAAUAUGCUCAGUCGCAGCCUGGAUGGAGCGUCCAGGGCCACUCCCACCUCCUCUCUGAUUGGCUCUCCGGCCAUCACAGCAUCCCCCAAAGCAAAUGGUGGUACACAGACAGAUAUGGGCACGGGUCUGUAUGGAGCAUCGAAGGCCAUAGCCGUCAGUGACCUCAUCACCACGGUAACGCCUGAGAGAAGAACAGAGGAGAGAAGGUCUGAGCAAGUUGAGGAAGUGUUGGUGGUGGAGGAGGAGGUGCAGGAAAGGAUGGAGGGGGAUAACGAGGAGAAGGAGACACAGCAGCAGCAGGAGGAGGAUGAGGAGGAGGAGACCAGAGGGACAGACAUUUCUCCUCCAACUCCUCAGAAACAUGAAACCAAGACUGAGCUGACUGAUACAGCCGUGGACGGAGACCUGACAGCGACUGAGUCUGAUCAGGAUGAAGAAUUGAAAACUCAGGAGACGUUGGGGAGUCCUGAGGAGGAGCAGAAACCUCUGAGCAGUAUCAGUGCUCUCAGACGUUCCUUCUUAGAGGGAGGAGGAGCAGUGGGAGGGCCGACAGAAUGGGAGAAACGUCUCGCCUCCUCACCACUACGACGAGUCGACGACUCCCCAAUGAUCGAACCCCUGGAGCCAGACGAGCCUCAGCCUACAUUUGAUGAAAUGUCUCCUGAGUUGAACGCUCUGCUGAAGUCUGCUGGAGAACAAAAAACCUUCAGAGAACACAACCUACUGAAGACUUCGGAGAAGGUGGAGACGGUCUUCCUGAUGACUGAGUCACAUGACCAGGACCAGCCAGUGGCAGAUCAGCCUCAGGAGGUUCCGGUGAUGAGGAAGACUCUGACAUAUGAAACUCCAGGGAACCGUGUGGACUCUGAUCCUCCUGCAGGGCUGCUGCUAAGUUCCCAGACCUUCACUGCAGAGACCUCCAACACCACCACGACCACACACAUCACCAAGACGCUGAAAGGAGGAAUUUCAGAAACCAGAAUUGAGAAGAGAAUCGUGAUUUCUGGAGAUGCAGAAAUCGACCACGACCAGUACUGAAUCCUGAGCCUCUGCUGCAUCAUGGGAGUUGUAGUCUAGACUACAGAGCCAACAAAGACAAUGUUUGCAGCAACACUCAGUGGACAUUAAUGGAAGUGAUUAAAAAAAUACACACACACAUGUACACGUGCACACACACACACACACACACAGCAAGAGUCCCACCUGUCUGUCUGCAGCAGUGUCACCUGUCUGUCUGACAUUUGUAGUUAGAUUACUGCAAACACAUUCAUGUAGAACCAAACAUACGCAAUGAGUUCUGACACUCACUUUAAAAAACUUCCUGUUCAGGUGAGACACAGACAGGUGAGACAGAGACAGACAGGUGAGACACAGACAGGUGAGACACAGACAGUCAGGUGAGAUACAGACAGGUGAGACACAGACAGACAGAGGCGCUGCUCAGACACCAUGAACACGUUCCCUCAGAUGAAUUUCACUUCACAUUAACACCAAAACUUGACCUUCUGCUGCAUUCACUUCCUCCUUAAACAAGCCCUGCCCUCACCCACCUGCAGACAUCUGAUUGGCUGGUAGACUCAGGUAUGUUUACUCCUGAUCAUGUGACAGGAGACAGCGGCUUCAUGAAACAUUGGUCACCUGGUGAGGUCACCUGACUGUUACCUGUCUCACCUGGUGAGGUCACCUGACUGUUACAUGUCUCACCUGUUGAGGUCAGGUUACUAGUAGCUAAAAGGGACCUUUAUUCUGACAGUCUGGUGCACACUGUUUCCUGUCUGAAGUGUAAAAUAGCAUGAUUGCUAGCACUGUAACCACUCACUGUAUAGCAGCUAAAAUUAAGCUCUGUAUUUACCCAUAAUGCAAUAGUAAUGUGCCAUUCUCUCAUCUCGCCAUGAAAACCCUUGUUAUGAAUUAUUUUACUCUUCUGUUAACAUAUUUAUUGAUUUCUGUGUUUUUAUUUAUUUAUUUAUGAACAAGAUCUGUGAUUGUGCUUCCUGACUGACUGACCACUCCCCCUGGUGUCAGGUUACUGACUGACCACUCCCCCUGGUGUCAGGUUACUGACUGACCACUCCCCCCGGUGUCAGGUUACUGACUGACCACUCCCCCCGGUGUCAUUACAGACUGACCACUCCCCCUGGUGUCAGGUUACUGACUGACCACUCCCCCUGGUGUCAGGUUGUUGACUGACCACUCCCCCUGGUGUCAUUACAGACUGACCACUCCCCCUGGUGUCAGGUUACUGACUGACCACUCCCCCGGUGUCAUUACAGACUGACCACUCCCCCUGGUGUCAGGUUACUGACUGACCACUCCCCCUGGUGUCAGGUUGUUGACUGACCACUCCCCCUGGUGUCAUUACAGACUGACCACUCCCCCUGGUGUCAGGUUACUGACUGACCACUCCCCCGGUGUCAUUACAGACUGACCACUCCCCCGGUGUCAGGUUACUGACUGACCACUCCCCCCAGUGUCAUUACAGACUGACCACUCCCCCCGGUGUCAGGUUACUGACUGACCACUCCCCCUGGUGUCAGGUUACUGACUGACCACUCCCCCUGGUGUCAAGUUGCUGACUGACCACUCCCCCUGGUGUCAGGUUACUGACUGACCACUCCCCCUGGUGUCAAGUUGCUGACUGACCACUCCCCCUGGUCUCAAGUUGCUGACUGACCACUCCCCCUGGUCUCAAGUUGCUGACUGACCACUCCCCCUGGUGUCAGGUUGCUGACUGACCACUCCCCCUGGUGUCAAGUUGCUGACUGACCACUCCCCCUGGUCUCAAGUUGCUGACUGACCACUCCCCCGGUGUCAGGUUACUGACUGACCCCUCCCCCCAGUGUCAUUACAGACUGACCACUCCCCCUGGUGUCAAGUUGCUGACUGACCCCUCCCCCCGGUGUCAGGUUACUGACUGACCACUCCCCCUUUAUUUAUAACUUCAAACACAAAAUGUGUCUUUACCCAGUUAAGUCAAAUAAAAUUAUUGAUAUUGAUA